CGAGCGUGAGUUUGGUCUAGUGUUCCACUAUAAAAAAAAACUGAAUUUCCUUUCGAGCGUUUUUUUUUCCUCAUCAAUUUGCAAAAAGCCUCCGCGAGUCUCUGUCUCUUGCACGACCAGACUUUGGCAAGCUUCUAUGUCUUGCAUGUGAAGAUAAACGACAUGGAAUUAUUUAUUUGCAGUUUUUUUCCUUCUUUAACACACCACUUUUGAAUUCUUUGUGCUUUCGAAUUGUACUCUGUAUUUAAUUCUCUCUGUGUUCGAAACUACAAUGAAAGUGUUUAGCUUUUUACUGAAGUGGACUUUUAUCCUGCUGCUGAGUCUCUCCUUGUGUGACGGGGAAGAAAGCCCAACUUCAUCAAACAUUGUGAAUCCUUGUUGCUAUUACCCUUGUCAAAACCGAGGGAUUUGUGUUCGAUAUGGCCUGGACCGAUAUGAAUGUGACUGCACCAGAACAGGCUUCUAUGGAGAAAAUUGCACUAUACCUGAGUUCUGGUCUCGAGUCUAUCAGCUCUUGAAGCCCAGUCCUAAUGUAGUCCAUUACGUCCUCACCAACUUUGACUGGCUAUGGGACAUCAUCAACAGGACGUUCCUCAGGGACUGGCUCAUGCACAAAGUGUUAACAGUAAGAGCCAACUUAAUCCCAAGUCCCCCAACAUACAAUUCCAAAUAUGACUACUUGAACUGGGAAGCAUAUUCCAACAUCACCUACUACACAAGAAUUCUUCCACCAGUCCCUCGGGACUGCCCCAAGCCAUUGGGAGCCAAAGGAAAAAUGAAGCUUCCAGACCCCAAGCUUCUGGUAGAGAAGUUCAUGUUAAGGCGGAAUUUCAGACCGGACCCUCAGGGAACAAAUUUGAUGUUCGCCUUUUUCGCUCAGCACUUCACGCAUCAGUUUUUCAAGACUCACAACCGUGUUGGACUUGGGUUCACAAAAGGUCUGGCUCAUGGGGUGGAUGCUGGGCAUAUUUAUGGAGAUUCUCUUGAUCGCCAGCUAGACCUCAGACUGCAUAAAGACGGGAAGUUGAAGCACCAGGUGGUCAAUGGUGAGAUAUACCCCCCCACAGUGCUAGAUGCACCGGUCAAAAUGAACUACCCACCGUCUGUCCCGCCAGAGCUGCAGCUGGCCAUUGGGCAAGAAGUGUUUGGACUGCUGCCGGGUCUCAGUUUGUACGCCACCUUGUGGCUGCGUGAGCACAACCGUGUGUGUGAUAUCCUGAAACAAGAACAUCCAACCUGGGGGGAUGAGCAGCUGUUUCAGACCACCAGGCUCAUUAUUAUAGGUGAGACCAUUCGUAUUGUGAUCGAGGACUAUGUGCAACAUCUGAGUGGUUACCGGCUGAAGCUCCACUUUGAUCCCGCGCUGCUAUUCACCUCACCGUUCCAGUACCAGAACCGCAUUGCUGUGGAGUUCAAUCAGCUUUACCACUGGCACCCGCUCAUGCCUGACAGCUUCCACAUCGCUGGAGAAGAGAUUCACUACCCUCAGUUCCUGUUCAACACCUCUAUCCUCACCCACUACGGGGUGGAGAAGCUGGUGGAUGCCUUCUCAACCCAACCCGCAGGACAGAUUGGAGGUGGUCAUAAUAUUCACCCAGUGGUGCGCAAAGUAGCUGAGGGGGUCAUCAUUGAAUCUAGGGAGCUCCGACUUCAGCCCUUUAAUGAAUAUCGCAAGAGAUUCAAUCUGAAACCCUACACGUCUUUCUCAGAAUUCACAGGAGAAAAAGAGAUGGCUAAAGAACUAGAGAAACUGUAUGGUCAUAUUGAUGCUCUGGAGUUCUACCCAGCUCUUUUGCUAGAGAAGACACGACCUGGUGUGAUAUUUGGUGAAAGCAUGGUGGAAAUGGGGGCCCCAUUUUCCCUAAAAGGCCUCAUGGGAAAUCCUAUUUGCUCCCCUGAGUACUGGAAGCCCAGUACAUUUGGGGGGAAGACAGGUUUUGAUAUAGUAAACUCUGCUACUUUGAAGAAACUGGUUUGCCUCAAUACAAAAUGGUGUCCUUAUGUAUCUUUCCAUACUCCUCCAUCAGAUUACAAACAACAGAGGACAUCUCACGGUGAACUUUAGCACAAUGUACUUGUGGAAUCUUUUAAAGUUUUGAAGUUUUAAAUCACUGAUCAAAAAUUUGACUUCUAUUUACAGAUGUGAAUGAAAACGAAUUAUCUUGUAAAUCAGAAAUGAAUUAGUAAUGACAAUUAUUAGAGUAGUUAUUUGUAACAAGGUGACUGAAGAAUGGAUUUUCAUAGUAUUUCAAUAUUAUUAACAUUUUUGGAUUAUGAAAGUGUUUAUUACAGCAUACAUGAGAAUUUUAUGGAUUGAAUUGACCAUUUGCUAAGCUCCACCAUAAAAAUGCCAUCUGCCAGCUUUUGUUCUUUUAUAAUACAAUGCCACAAUACAUUCCUGCCCACUUUAUGAGCAUAUUUUACUGAAAAGCAUGCUGUUUAUGGUAAUCUCAUAACUAAAGAGGGUGGAACUUAACAAAGGAUCAGUUAGAGAAUUGACUAAAAGGUUGGUGAUUUCUUGCUACCUACUUGAUCAAAGCUUUAAAAAAUAGUGUAACUUUAUAUCAUCAGGAUGAUCCAGUCAUAUAGAAUAAUUUUUUUACUUUGUUUACUGGCAUUCAUAUUGCCAAACAACCAUCAAUCCAUUUUCCAAACUGGUUGUCCUAUGAAAGGUCAUUGUAGUCUAUCCCAUGGAAACACCCUGGACGGAUGACCAGUCCAUCACAGGCCAAAUAAACAUUUAGCUUUAAUUCAUUGUCAAUAAAUAAAUAAAAAUAGUAUUCCGUACAUUUUAUGAUGCUGAAAAAUUAAUUGUAUCUGCUGCCUCAUAUCUGUUCUGUAAAUUCUAAUGCACUGUUCAACUUGAAAUAAGUAAUUUCUUGAGCUGUGGAUCUGUGAUGGCCAGUUAUUUUUUCUUUGUUACAGAGUGUUCACUGUUGUAUUCAUUUAUGAUCUUUGAUAUGAAUGAAUGUAACCUCAUAAUAUUCCUGUUUUUCCAAGCAAAAUAUAUCCAUUUGUAGCACCAUUACUAUGACACUUUUCUCCAAUAUGAUGUAGUUUGUCAAAAAUGCAUGUCUGAUCAUUUACAUAAGAGGUUAAAAUAAAUAAAAUGGCAAAUCAUCU